AUGAUGACAGCAGCUACCGUGAUCAUCAAUGUCGACUGGGAGCUCCUUUACUUGAAGCACUGGACAAUGCCGAAGAGGCAUUUCAAGCGUACGCCCAACAACCCUGUCUACGUGGCUGUUAGCAGCCACUUUCUCCUUCUCUACUAUGAAUCCGUCAUCUGCGGGGGCUGGAAGGGAAGUGGAUGCGUUAGUCGUAUGGCCAAGGACCAACGAGGGGAAGAGGAAGCGGUCGAGAGGCAGCAUGCCUCAGCUGACAGAGCUUUGAGCAUUGGGAGCGAGAACCUGUGGAGGCUCAGUCGAAGAGGUUCUCCGUCCGUGUUGAUACUUCUUGAAGUAGGGCAGAGGUUCAGGUUUGAAAUGGAGAGCUUCUCUUCAUACCAAAGCUCGUGGGCGAGCUUGGAGCAGUUCCAGAUGCACCAGAAUGCCCUUGCCGUGGACAUCCAGAAGCUCUCGCAGAAUGUGCAGUCCCUGAAGCAACUGCUGAACCAGUUGGGUACAUCCAAGGAUACCAGUCAAAAUAAGACUCAAAAACGGGAACUACAGCGCCGCACGAAGCAGAUGGCCGAGGACACAACAGCCAAUAUAAAGACACUCCAAGCCCAACUACGCUCCCUACCCAAGGAUGAGCAGACGGAACUUCGAUUGCAGAGGGUAAAGAAAUUACAGUUGGACCGCCUGAGGGAACACUUGAUCGAGGUGAUGAAUGAGUUCCAGAGCCUGCAGAGAGAGGAGCAAGACUCCAAACGGCAACAGAGGGAAGAGCUCCGGGGGAGAGCUCCUUCGCUCACUGUCUUCAACGAUCCAACUGGACGGGCAGAAGGGAACGGAGAAGGAAUCCUGAAGGAACCGAAUGCAUCAAAAUCGGCAGGAUUCCAAGGCGAGAUCCAGGCGCAUACCCUCAUGUACGAGGAAUUAGACUUGGCUGCACUGCGGGAAAAGGAGAUUGCCAUUCAACAACUGGAGGAGGAUAUUCAGGACGUGAACCAGAUUUUCACGAAACUGGCAACUAUGGUUCACGACCAAGGGGAGAUUGUGGAUAACAUCGAGACAAACGUCGAGAAUGCCCAACUCAGCGUCGACCAGGGCAACCAACAGCUUCAACAGGCAGAAUCCUACCAGGCAUCAUUAAGAUGGAAGAAGUGCGUAAUCGCAUCGAUCGUCAUAGUCUGCGGCAUUGUCAUUGGCCUCAUCAUCUACUUCUACACCCGAAAAUAGAUUUAAAACUGAUAUCUGGAGAAACCAUCCUCUUCCCAUAGUGGGGAUCUGAAUUUCCCAAUUGUCCUGUGCAACUGUGAUGAAUGCCAUAAUUGCUUUUACUUUUUCUUCUCGGAGCCUGUCCACAUGAAAACGGAAAGGUGUAUACCUGCGUGUCCAGCUCACUUGAAUCUAAACGAGUUGAUCAAGACCUCUAUUAGUUGCUGUCGAUAAUAUACAGUCUGGAAC